ACCUGCGCAAGCUCUACACGUCCAGCGUCUUCGGCGCCGGCACGCCCUUCGGGCUGCUCAACAAGGUCUGGUUCGAGACGUGCAUGUACUUCUGCACGCGCGGCCGCGAGAACCAGCGCGAGCUGGAGGAGGACUCCUUCGGGCUGGCCAUGGACGAGGACGGCCGCAAGUUCGUCUACUUCAAGUCCCUCGGGCCCUACCACAAGUCGCGCUCGUCGUCCUGGAGCAAGAAGCGCGCCGAGAGCAGCGACGAGGAGAACCUGCCGCGCAUGUACGAGACGGGCACCGAGUUCUGCCCCUACGCCAGCUUCGUCAAGUACCUGUCCAAACGCAACCCGCUGUGCAAGGCGUUCUUCCAGCGGCCGCGGGACCACUGCAGCGAGGGCGACGUGACCUGGUACGAGAACAAAGCCAUCGGCAAGAACUUGCUGGGCACCCGCAUGCAGAUGCUCUCCAAGGCGGCCAAGCUCUCCAAGACCUACACCAACCAUUGCAUCGGCGCCGUCUCCAUCGCCACGCUCAACAGCAUCGCGGGCAUCGGCACCAAACUGGGCUCGCCCGCCCUGCAGGGCUGCUACGCCGAGGCUCUGAACGGGGCGGCCCGCCACCACUCCCACCACCCCCCGGCGCCUCCCUCCCACCACCACCGCCCCCAGCCGCCCGCGCUGGGGAACACCUACGUCCUCCCCAAAGACAGCCUGGGCGCGCCCGACGUGAAAGCCGAGGCUGCGCCCAAGCGCGCCCUGUACGAGUCGGUGUUCGCGUCGGGGGAACUCUGCGGCCCCUCUUCGCCCAAAAGACUCUGCCUGCGGCCCUCGGAGCCCGUGGACGCGGCGGUGGUGGUGGUUUCCGUGAAACACGACCCCCUGCCUCUUCCUCCCGAAGCCAAUGGGCACAGAAGCACCAGUUCUCCCACCAUAGUUCCACCUGCUAUUGUUUCCCCCGCCCAGGACAGUCGGCCCAAUAUGUCCAGACCCCUGAUCACUCGAUCUCCCGCGUCUCCACUCAACAACCAAGGCAUCCCGACGCCCGCCCAGCUCACCAAGUCCAAUGCGCCCGUCCACAUCGACGUCGGCGGCCACAUGUACACCAGCAGCCUGGCCACGCUCACCAAGUACCCCGAGUCCAGAGCUGAAAAGCCGUCUGCAGGCCACUUCCUGUGAGCCACCGGCGGAUCAUGAGCUUCCCGGCCACUUGGAGCAAAACAGGCCUGACCUUGACGGGAAUCUAACGCAUCGAGUCUGUCUUCGGGCUGGGAUGGGGAGCCUUUCCCUGCCAGGGGCCGUUGGAUGUUUAUAACAUCGUCCCCGGGCCAUACAGAAGUAUCUUAACCAUCAGCCUGCUCGAUGCGGUCACACUGUCAUUAGCCCCCCUAAUGCCCUGGCAGGGCCAGACCACAUGAUUUCGAGGGCCUUAUACGGCCCCCUAACCCCCGCCAGCCCCGAUGGGCAGUGGGAUAAAUAGCUCUGGCUCUUGUCUGCCCGUGGAUUUCA